AUGAAGUUUCCCGCUGACGGAAAAGAUGGACGCAAGCGGCUUAUGAAGAUCCAUAAAUUCCCUGUAAGCGCUAUGUUUGGUGAAGAAGCCCACACCCUGAUGGAGAAGUCCCUGCAUAGAGCUUGCGCUUGCGAAAUACUUAUGGGUGUUCCCGGUCCGAACAUGCCUCGUUGA